AUACCAUCCACAAAAUCACAAAUACAGAGAAUAGAGGGUGAGAGAGAAAGAGAGAGAAAAAAUGCAGAUUUUCGUGAAAACCCUAACUGGGAAAACCAUAACCCUAGAGGUUGAAUCCUCCGAUACCAUCGACAAUGUCAAAGCCAAGAUCCAAGACAAGGAAGGCAUCCCACCAGACCAGCAACGUCUCAUCUUCGCCGGAAAACAGCUUGAAGACGGCCGAACCCUAGCCGAUUACAACAUCCAAAAGGAAUCAACACUUCACCUGGUUCUUCGUCUUAGGGGUGGUGCUAAGAAGAGGAAGAAGAAGACUUACACUAAGCCUAAGAAGCUUAAGCAUAAGAAGAAGAAGGUUAAGCUUUCUAUUCUUCAGUUUUAUAAGGUAGAUGAUGGUUCUGAUAAGGUUCAGAGGUUGAGGAAGGAGUGCCCUAAUGCUGAGUGUGGUGCUGGUACUUUUAUGGCUAAUCAUUUUGAUCGGCAUUAUUGUGGUAAGUGUGGUCUCACCUAUGUUUACCAGAAGGCCGGCGGCGAUUGAUUUCCGUUUCCAGUUCGUUUUUAGUUUGAAUAUGUAGCUUAAUUUAUGAAUCAGAACUUCAUCUUAGUCUGUUGAAGAUUCUUUUAGUAUUUUGGUUUCUGGGAAUGUUGGAUCAUCUGCAAUUUUGAAUCAUGUUAUAAGAGAUUGAUUAAUUAAUUACCCCUUUUGUUUUAA